UCGCUUACUAGAAACAUUUACAUUAAGAUAUUAAGAUAUUAUUAUUAUAAAUAUAUCUAUCGAAAAUGCCUAUAAGAACCUUUGCUCAGUUCGAAAAGGGCAGUGCUAUUUUCUAUGGCGGCGAGGAAAUCAGAGGACAAUUUGUGACGACAACAUCGGAGAAACUUUCAGUUAAUUCUAUUUAUAUAUUAUUAGAAGGCGAGGCAAAUGUGAUGCCAUAUGAAAACGCGUCAAGUCCCAUGGAAUACGGAACUCAGCGUUAUUUAAGUGAACGUCUGGAUUACAGUAACGCGACAGAACUUUCUCCUGGCACUUACAACUAUGCAUUUAACUUUACCGCCCAGUUGACAUGUCCAUCAUCAUGUGUAUCACCAUGUGGAAAAAUUUUCUACCACGUUGUAUUAGUUAUCGAUCGUUCUUGGCGCUCUGACCAUGUAUAUAAAGAGGCGAUACAACUAAUACAGCCGACCAAUCUAAACCUAUUGCAAGAAGCGAAGAUUCCCAUUGAAAGCGAACAUAUUAAGAGCCUUUGCUGCUGGCCCUUUUCUUCAGGUCCAGCCAAUCUGACUCUAACGAUACCCUUCGGAGGCUUUGUGCCUGGUCAAAAGAUCAGCUGCACUGUAUGCAUUGAUAACCAGUCGGUAGGCAAUGAUUUGCAAAAUGUCCAGCUAUGCCUUAAACAAAUCAUGAGCUUCGGGUCAACUCGCUCAAUUGCUAAACCCCGUGAACGUGAAAAGACUCUCGCAUCAUGUGUACUCACAGAAUCUGUAAAACGAUUAUCGAAGCGCUUGAUUAGGGCUACUCUAGUAGUACCACCCGUGCCACCCACAUCUAUAGACGCAAUAGGCCGAAUUAUAAAAGUACGAUAUUCAAUUGGAAUCAGCAUGCAAUAUGGCUUUUGUUUAAAUUGGAACAUAGAUACUCCGAUCAUAAUUGGCACCGAACCUCUGAUACAGAGUAUUCAAAAUCCAACCGAAGGUUGCACUGCAACAGCACCAAUUGCCGAAACCGAUUGA